CCCGGCUGCCCGCCCCGUUCAUUCCUGCCUGCUCACCUCCCCCGAAGGUGCUUCAGAUGCAACACAGCGGAAACAAUGUACACGGGUCCCCUGUUGGAGGAGGAAGCCCUGGACAAAGCAGCAGAAAAUGGAUUGUCUUCACGAGAAUUUUCUGAGCUUUGCGUUUGGUUAGGUUCCCAAAUAAAGUCACUUUGUAAUAUGGAAGAAAGCAUCACUUCAACAGAUGGUGAUAAAGAUAUAGAGAGCUUCCAGCUUGAGAUUAGUGGCUUUCUGAGAGAAAUGGCUUGUCCGUAUUCAUCACUUACAUCUGGAGACAUCAAGGGCAGGUUAAGAGAGAAAGAAGAUUGUCUUAAACUCCUCUUAUUUCUAAGUACAGAACUUCAGGCUUUAAAGAUAUUGCACAGCAAGAAAAGUAAAGGCUCUCAUUUGGAAAAGCACAAUGAAAUUUAUCAGGAAGUGCAAGCUAUUUGCGAUGCUCUGGGCCUGCCAAACUCCUCGUCUUCUGAUAUUCCUCCCUUGUUAACCAAUGUGGAACAAAAGAUAAAGGACAUUCUCUCAAAAGUUCAAAAUAACCUUGUGGGGAAAUCACUGCUAACAAAACCUCUGACUUCUGACCAAGCGGAAAGAUUGGAAAAAAUCAAUGAUGCUCUUCGCAAUGAGUAUGAAUGUCGCCGGCGUAUGUUAAUGAAGAGGCUGGAUGUGACAGUACAGUCUUUUGGCUGGUCUGAUAGAGCAAAGGUAAAAACAGAUGACAUAGCGCGAAUCUAUCAGCCCAAGCGCUAUGCCUUAUCUCCAAAGUCAACUAUUACAUUAGCUCACCUUCUUGCUGCUCGAGAAGAUUUAUCGAAGAUCAUAAGAACAAGUAGUGGAUCAACACGGGAAAAUACAGUCUGUGCGAUCAACAAGGUUCUGAUGGGGAGAGUACCUGACCGUGGAGGCAGACCAACAGAGAUUGAACCACCUCCCCCCGAAAUGCCUCCUUGGCAAAAAAGACAAGAAGGUGGUGGAAGAGGUGGCUGGGGAGGUAAGGAAGAGCAGCACGCCUUCGGGGUGCGACAGGCUGCCUGCGCGAUAGCCUUAGCAGGCGCUACAGAAGCCUGGUUCAAACCUGGCGAGUGUGCUGUGGAAGCGCUUCAGAGCCAGCACAGGGGCCCCGGUACCAGGUUAAUCCUGCAGGAGCGUCUGAGUCAAGGAAGAUGA